AUGACUCUCCAGAACCUCGAGUCCAUGAACCUCGCACAACUGGACUCACUCAUCAAGAAAAAGGAGGAUGACCUGUUGGUGCUGAAGCAAUACAGGGAGCAGAGGGUCAAUCCAGAAAUCAUCGUCAAUGUAGUGCAGGCCUCGGGUCGUUCCAUGCCAAUCAGUGUGAGGAUCAAGACAAAGGUUCAUGACCUGGCACAGCAGAUUAGAGGGCGUCUUGAAGCUAGGCCUCCAGACGGCACGUCCAUGAGCUUGAUCUACAGCCGUACAGAGUUGGACUGGCCAAAGACGCUGGAGGAUUAUGGUAUCCUUGGUGGAGAAACUAUCUCCGUGGUGCUGCACGCUCGGCAAGUUGAGACCGAAGACAUGACAGAGGCAAUGAAGGAACGUGAGCGUCUGCAAGCAAGGGUAGAUGCCCUAGAGCAGGAUGCUGCCUGCAGAAGCCGCGUGGUUCGCGAAAUGGUUGCUGACUUCAUGGCCAGGGGACAGUUUCUGGCACCCGUGCAGUAA